AUGACUCGACUAAUACAUGUAGUAUUGUUCGUAGCUCUAGUUUUGGCCCUGACCACUGGUACUAUUCUUGCCCAGAGUGCCUCUCGCUCAACUGUCACAUGUCUAAUCUCACAACACUUGGAUACGACCACGGGCGAAUGCGUUGCCUACGCAAACCGAGGUGAAAAAGCUGCAACUGAUUAUGGAAAUGUAAUUGAUUCCGGUAACACGGCGUGGAUGAUAACAGCUAGUGCUCUAGUAAUGAUCAUGACACCAGGCGUUGCUUUCUUCUACGCUGGUCUUGCUGGUGAAGAAAUGGCGUCGAACACUAUCAUGAUGUCGUUUGUGAGCAUGGCCCUUGUGUCCAUCCAGUUUUGGGCCUUCGGAUACUCGGUGGCAUUUGGCUCCAACGGUGUUUUUGGGUGGACCGGGUUCAAUAACGUCGGGCAGGUCCCGAGUGGCACGUACAGCACUGAGAUUCCUCACAUUUUGUACGCCUUUUUUCAGACACAAUUCGCAAUGAUCAGUCCUGCGCUACUCAGUGGCGGUAUCGUGGGGCGCAUGAAAUAUGGAUCAUUUCUGCUUUUCAUUUUCCUAUGGACAUCACUUGUGUACGACCCGUUAGCUAACUGGAUGUGGUCGCUGAAACUGGACGGUUCAUGGGAGAUCACUGCAAUGGGGUGGGAAGGCAAAAUGGGCUCACUUGAUUUCGCAGGUGGCACUGUGAUCCAUAUUUCCAGUGGCUUUGGAGCUCUUGCGGCCGCGUUAAUGGUCGGGAAGAGAUACAACCACGAAGAACCAGUUAAACCCCACAACGUGCCUCUUGUGAUGAUUGGUCUCACUCUCUUGUGGUUUGGUUGGUUUGGUUUCAAUGCGGGCUCUCAGGGUGCUGCUGACGGAAUUGCUGCCACGGCUGCCAUUAACACUCACUUAGCAGCAAGUGCCGGCUUUUUGACAUGGGUCUGUAUUGAAUUUGCCAUGUAUACCAAGUUUGAUCCUUGUGGAGCUGCCAGUGGGGCUGUAGCUGGUCUGGUUUCUAUCACCCCUGCUUGUGGUUAUGUAUAUCCGUGGGCGUCGGUGAUUUUCGGUGUCGUUGGUGCAGCAACAGGGUUUGCUGCAAUUCAAAUGAAGAAAUAUCUGCGCUACGACGAUACCCUUGACUCCUUUGCUAUUCACGGUUGUGUUGGUGUCGUGGGUGGUCUCAUGACCGGUCUAUUUGCUACAUCAGAUGUCAACCCAAACAUCAAAGGCGGUGCUUUCUACGGCAAUAGUACCCAGUUCACGCAUCAAUUGAUUUCUCAGUGCGUCGCUGCAUCUUACUCCUUUCUCGUAACGAUCCUCAUUCUGUAUUUGCUGAAGAAAACAAUUGGGCUUCGCGUGGAUGAAGAUAUGGAAGUAAAUGGGAUUGAUCAUACGUAUCAUGGCGGUCUUGCCUAUGACUACAGAGCACAGUGUUAUACUGUAAAGACUGACAAAGGACGUUCAAGCAAUUAUGCUUUAGUCGAGGCUCCAAGCUUGGCUCAAUUGUAA